UGGACUUGGAGAAGAUUUCAAAAGAUACACAUGGAUAUGUCGGUGCUAACCUGGCGGCUUUGUGUAUUGAGUCGGCACUUCAGUGUAUUCGUGAGAAUAUGGAUGUGAUCGAUUUAGAAGAUGAGUCGAUUGAUGCUGAGAUUCUUAAUUCGAUGGUGGUUACGAAUGGGCAUUUUUAAACCGCCCUUGGUACGAGUAACCCGUCUGCUCUUCGCGAAACGGUUGUCGAAGUUCCUAACGUUAGCUGGGAAGAUAUCGGGGCUCGAAAACGUUAAACGAGAGCUCCAAGAGACUGUGCAAUAUCUGGUUGAACACCCUGAAAAAUUCGAGAAAUUCAGUAUGUCACCAUCUAAAGGAGUUCUGUUUUACAGGCCACCUGGGUGUGGUAAAACGCUUCUAGCCAAGGCUAUAGCCAAUGAAUGCCAAGCUAACUUCAUCAGCAAGGGUCCAGAAUUGCUAACCAUGUGGUUCGGUGAAAGUGAAGCUAAUGUUCGUGAGAUCUUCGAUAAUGCCCGUGGGUCCGCCCCUUGUGUUCUGUUUUUCGAUGAGCUCGACUCUAUUGCUACCCAGAGAGGAAGUAGUCAAGGAGAUGCAGGAGGUGCAGCUGAUAGGGUGUUGAAUCAACUUUUGACUGAAAUGGACGGGAUGUCAACUAAAAAGACGGUUUUCAUUAUCGGUGCAACUAAUCGUCCUGACAUCAUCGAUCCAGCUCUUUGUGAGUGCACUCUCGAGGGUCAACUAUUUACAUUAUCAUGUAAAAUCACGCUACUAAUUUACUUUGCUACAUCUAGCGGUCAUGAACUUUUGUUGUUGCCACACGUUUUUCUAAUGUUGGAUGCCUGCCACAACGAGCUACACCUUGGAUACCAAAAAACAAUGCUAAAUGGACAUAUUUGCUUGGAUGAAGAUUGUAUAUGUUUAUGA